UACAGUCAGCCACCCAGAAGCUGCUGCACCAUGAGUGCUUCUGUGCUGAGCCCCAUCAGACCCCUGGCCAGUGUGUCUGGGCUCCUGCAAGUGGCUUCCCUGCUCAGCCUGGUCCUGCUGCUGAUCAAGGCCGCCCAGCUCUACCUGCACAGGCAGUGGCUGCUCAAAGCCCUCCAGCAGUUCCCGUGCCCGCCCUCUCACUGGCUCUUUGGACACUCCAAGGAGUUCCAAAAAAAUGAGCUACAACAAAUACUGAAAAGGGUGGAGAAAUUCCCGAAUGCCUGUCCUCGCUGGCUCUGGGGAACAAGUGCCCAAUUCGUGGUGUACGACCCUGACUACAUGAAAGUGAUUCUCGGGAGGUCAGACCCCAAAGCUAAAGGUUCCUACAAUUUAGCAGCUCCCUGGAUUGGGUACGGUCUGCUCCUGCUGAACGGGCAGCCGUGGUUCCAGCACCGGCGGAUGCUGACCCCAGCCUUCCACUAUGACAUCCUGAAGCCCUACGUGGGGCUCGUGGCCGACUCUGUGCGAGUGAUGUUGGACAAAUGGCAGCAGCUCAGCGGCCCGAACCCAUUUGAGAUCUUCGAGCCCAUCUCCUAUAUGACCCUGGACAGCAUCAUGAAGUGCGCCUUCAGCCACCAGGGCAGCGUGCAGACAGACGGGAACUCCAAGUCCUACAUCCAGGCCAUUGACGACAUAAAGAACCUGUUCGUUGCCCGACUGAGGAAUGCUUUCCACCAGAACGACAUCAUCUACAGGCUAACCCCUGAAGGCCGCAAGUUCCACCAGGCCUGCCAGGUGGCCCAUGAGCACACAGAUGGUGUGAUCCGGCAGAGGAAGGCUCACCUGCAGAAGGAGGGCGAGCUGGAAAAGAUCAGCAAGAAGAGGCACUUGGAUUUCCUGGACAUCCUGCUCCGUGCCAGAAUGGAGAAUGGGGACAGCUUGUCCGACGCGGACGUCCGGGCAGAAGUGGACACGUUCAUGUUCGAGGGGCACGACACCACGGCCAGCGGCAUCUCCUGGAUCCUCUAUGCGCUGGCCACCCACCCUGAGCACCAGCAGAGGUGCAGGGAGGAGCUGCAGGGCCUCCUGGGGGAUGGCGCCUCCCUUAGCUGGGGCCACCUGGACCAGAUGCCCUACACCACCAUGUGCAUCAAGGAGGCGCUGAGAAUCUACCCACCAGUGCCGGGUAUUAGCAGGGAGCUCAGCAAGCCGGUCACCUUCCCUGAUGGACGCUCCUUACCUGAGGGAAUCUUUGUGGCGCUCUCCAUUUAUGGGCUGCACCACAACCCUAAUGUGUGGCCAAACCCUGAGGUGUUUGACCCUUCCCGGUUUGCUCCUGGCGCUGCUCGGCACAGCCAUGCUUUCCUGCCCUUCUCAGGAGGGUCCAGGAACUGCAUCGGGAAGCAGUUUGCUAUGAAUGAGAUGAAGGUGGCCGUGGCCCUGACUCUGCUUCGCUUUGAGCUGGCGCCAGAUCCCUCCAGGGUCCCUGUUCCAAACGCAAAAGUUGUGUUGAGGUCACAGAAUGGAAUCCACCUGCGCCUCACGAAGCUUCAGUAACCCUGUGGACAUGGACCAACUCUGAGGGCCUCCCGCUGGC